AUGGAUAGUCAAGAGGUUUCUAUGGAUAUUGAAGCUCAGAUCGAGAACAAUGUCGAUGAUCGAACCCUUCCUUUUUCAAUAUUUAAAAAGGCUAAUCUUCCUAUUACUUUAAAGUUUGAGAAUGUUAUGUACACGGUCAAGGUGGAGGAACAAAAAAGCUGGCCUUGUCAAACCAAAGGAAAAACCGAAGAGCGUACCAUCUUGAAGGGCAUAACCGGGAUCGUCAAACCUGGAGAGAUCCUUGCCAUGCUUGGUCCCUCAGGGAGCGGCAAGACCACCUUCUUAACAGCUCUAGGAGGGAGGGUUAGUGAAGGGAAAGGGAAGCUCACUGGGAACAUAACUUACAACAACAAGCCAUUCUCCAAAGGUGUGAAGCGAACCACCGGUUUCGUGACUCAAGACGAUGCUCUUUACCCUCACUUGACUGUUACGGAAACUCUAGUCUACACCGCGCUUCUUCGGCUUCCUAAUACUAUGAAACGACAAGAGAAGAUCAAACAAGCUGAGGCGGUUGUGACUGAAUUGGGUCUGGAGAGAUGUAAGAAUACUAUCAUUGGAGGACCUUUCUUGAGAGGUGUUUCUGGUGGUGAGAGGAAAAGGGUUAGUAUAGGGCAAGAGAUUCUUAUAAACCCUAGUUUGCUUUUUCUUGAUGAGCCUACUUCUGGUCUUGACUCAACCACUGCUCAGAGGAUUGUGUCGAUUUUGUGGGAACUUGCUCGUGGUGGAAGAACCGUCGUGACUACGAUUCAUCAACCUUCUAGUAGGUUGUUCUAUAUGUUUGAUAAGAUUCUUCUCCUCUCAGAAGGUAAUCCAGUCUACUUUGGGCUUGGAUCAGACGCUAUGGAUUAUUUCGCUAGCGUUGGAUACUCCCCAUCCGUUGAAAGGAUUAAUCCGUCAGAUUUUCUCUUGGACAUCGCAAAUGGUGUUGGACCAGAUGAAUCCCAAAGACCAGAGGCUUUAAAGGCAGCUCUAGUUGCGGUUUACAAGACACAUCUAUUGGAAAAUGUUAUCAAUGAGGUUAAAGGACCAGAUGAUCACAGUAACCAUUCAAUAGGGAGUCCUGGAGAUAGCAAGCAUUUUGGAGACUGGCCAACGACGUGGUGGCAACAGUUUUGUGUUCUCUCGAAGAGAAGCCUUAAGCAGAGGCGGCACGAUUCUUUCUCUACCCUAAAGAUUGGUCAGGUUCUGAUUGUGUCUUUGCUAUGUGGUCUCCUUUGGUGGAAAACCGACCUUGCUCACAUACAAGAUCAGAUAGGGCUAUUGUUCUUUAUCUCAUCCUUCUGGGCAUUCUUCCCUCUCUUCCAACAAAUCUUCACCUUUCCUCAAGAGCGAGCGAUGCUCGAGAAAGAACGUUCCUCCGGUAUGUACAGGCUCUCGCCUUACUUCAUGUCCCGAGUUGUCGGGGAUCUACCAAUGGAGCUUAUUCUACCAACUUUCUUUCUUAUCAUCACAUAUUGGAUGGCUGGUCUAAACCCUAACCCCUUCAACUUCUUCCUGACUCUGUUGGUCCUCCUCGUCCACGUCCUUGUCUCUGGUGGGCUAGGGCUAGCCCUAGGUGCCCUAGUGAUGGACCAAAAGUCAGCCACGACGCUCGGGUCAGUCAUAAUGCUCUCGUUUUUGUUAUCAGGAGGAUACUACGUUCGAAAUGUCCCAGUGUUUAUCGCUUGGAUUAAAUACGUAUCAAUAGGUUACUACACCUAUAAACUACUGAUAUUGGGUCAGUACACGGAGAGUGAGUGGUAUCCUUGUGGUGAUAAGAAGUGUUAUGUUGGUGACUAUGAAGGGAUUAAGAACAUAGGGUUUCAUAGUGGAUUGGUGUCUUCCUUGGCUUUGGCUGCGAUGCUUGUUGUUUAUAGAGUUAUUGCUUACAUUGCUUUGAUGAGGAUCGGUAGGACCAAGUCUGGCUAA